AUGGAGGGCGUCCUAUAUACGGAUUCGGGGCGAAAAAUCAAGGAUCACCCGGUCUGGAAUGAGGGUGAUUUCAGUAUUGUCUCAAGCGACGCCUGGCGGUUCACAGUCGAUUCAUCUGAACUCGAAUGUGCUAGUGCCACCCUUACCUUUAGUGGUGCUUAUGGCCAUGAGACCAUGCUCCCGGACGACAAGAUCGAGACCAAAGUCGUCCUCGAGCACUUCCUCCGGCUGGUUGAGAAUUCUACUCUUGACCCCGGCAAGCUCUCCAGUGACGGGAGGGUCAGCGACGCCGUCCUGAAUCAGUUCAUGGAUCUCCUCAGCUUCCUGCGCAAGUGGUGUAAGGAGUACAUGGUCCAGCUAUUCUGUUACUGCAUAACCCAACUUCUCUGCCAGGGCGCGCUCAGUGGCAGAGUCGCAUUCAUCUUUGGAGUGAUCGCGGAUAGCACGGAACUAUGCGCGACAGCUUUGUCGAUCGACUUCCAACCGCCAAUGCUGUGCCGUCUUCCCGUCGAAGUUUGGGGGGUGAAGAAUACUGCCCACCUCAUGGUGCUGAGCGCGCUCGAACGUGAAGUGGGCCAAACCGGCAGACAGGAUUCUCGUUUUAAGGCUGGUGUGAGGUAUAAACAGCUCUACGAGGAGUCACGGCAGCGGGCCGAUAGGUGA